AUGGAAGUAGUACACUUUGUCGCAAUCGACUACGCAGGAGCAAGCCUGGGAGUUGCUAUCCUCAUACAUGACGUGAAUAGUAACGAGAUGUACUGCUCUCUGCGCGUCUAUGAUAUCGGUAGGAGCGGCCUGUUUCUUCUUCCUCCCCACCUUCCGCGGGGCAAACUGGUAGCCGACGCAUUACCAUGCUGCAUCCCGGGAUGCAACACAGAUCUGAAAAUGAUGGUCGAUGAGCGUUUAUUAUUGUUUUGUCUGCCUGGCACAGCGUCAGGCCUGGUUUUGUUGUUGGACACAAGUAAAGUUAUACCUUCUACCGAUGCUCCGUUACCCGAGGUGGUGCUGAAGGGCCUCUCUUUUUGUACACGCUCCGGUGUUUAUGAUGCGAUCCGUCAGCGUGCUUUGCUGUCCUUAUUGGGCGCCCGUGAGAUAUUAACAGUGGCGAUUCCUGUAGAUUCGGACAAGAGGAAUGACAACACAGCUGUUGUUAGCCUUUUUCGCCUGUCUGUGCUGCGAGGCUCUCUCCACUUCCAUGUGUGUGCUUGUGUGCUUCUUGUUUGCCCGACGAAGAAAACAAAGAUUGGGUGUGUACGUCUUUUUUUUUUCGUGGGCGAAGCUCCCGUGCUCAAGUGUGGCAUGAGAGUCAGAGUGUGCCUCUAUUACAGCAGUGUUUUGGGUGAUGGUCACCACCUUGUGCUCUUGGCCAUGGAAGAUGACGGAAGUGUUCAGAGCUUUCAAAUACACCCAACAAUACUCGUUACGAAAGGUGAGCCCAUGAAGGUAUAUGAUGAAGAUGCCCAGCAAGGGACUGCGCCGCGCUUAUCACUGACUGGAAAGGAAAGACUAGCUCCUCGUGAGUUGUACGGGAGCUUCCCAUAUGCACUAUUGGUGACUGCUUCCGGGCAUCCCUGCGUUCGCUUUUCUUUUUUUUUGUUGCUUUUUAACGAACGACAAGUGUGUGGAUGA